UUUAGACGGAAGCCAAGGCAAGCUCGAGAGCAAUCCAUGGACGACGAGUACUUGAGCAAGGGCGAUGCUUCCGAUGCUGCGUUUCUGUUCACGCAGGCGAUCCACGACGGCCCGCCAACGGCGGCGCUCUACGCGGAGCGUGCACGGGCGUUCAUCGGGACGGGCGACCUCGUGUCCGCUGCCGCCGACGCCUUCAGGGCCGUCCAGCUCGACCCCACCAUGCCGAGGGCCUACCUCCGCACAGCCCGCGCGUGCAUCGGCCUGAAGAGGUACGGCGACGCCCGGGCCGCCGUGCUGGCCGGCGCCGUCCUCGCGCCCGGGGACAUGCGGUUCGCGGAGCUUAUGGAGGAGCUCGACGGGAAGAAGAUGGUGCCAGAGAAGAGGAUGACGUCGUCGUCACAGGCCGGCGCCGAAGGAGCCACCUGCGACAGCGGGAAGCUGAGGAAGCUGAUCAACGAUAUGCACGGAGUGCCAAGGCCGGCGCACCGGAGGGCGUCGAGCAGCGUCUUCUAACUCGCGCUAGGCAUGCGAAGUGAAACUACCAAUUUAGUUAGAAAUUUCAUCAGUUGGCACAUAAAAGUAACGAGAAUUAAUGGGUGUGACUGUUUCUUAGUCGACUGAAAAUUAAUU